AUGUCAGGUUUGGAGCCGUUGGCGGCUCUGGCCUUCGCCUGCAACAUCUUUGAGAUUGUUACAUUCGGCCUGAUGUCGCUGAGAAUCUGCAAAGAGAUUAAAAAGAAUGGCACUUUCGAUGAAAAUCUACAGUCAUACAGCAGAAAGCUGCAGGACAUUGCCAAAAGUGUUCAGUCGAACCACAUCGACGAAAAGACGUUAUCGUCUCAAGAAAAGAAUUUGGUGGAAGCUGCAAACGGUUGCUCCCAAGUUGCUUCCAAGCUCACUCAGGAGAUCGAUUAUAUUCUCAAGUACCAGGACAAACGAUCGAUGAGGCAUGCCGUCGCCACUACAGUCAGAGCAUUUUGGCGAAAAGACCGUUUAAAUGGACUGGAAAAAGAACUGUCGAGAUAUGAGAAGCUCAUGCAAAGCGGACUUCUUGACAUUGUUUGUCGCAACACACACGAGAUUGAACAAACUUUGAAAGAUAUGGAUGUAAAAUACGAAUAUUUUCUCCUCCAGUACCGUCGCGGAUUUGAAGAUACGCGCGAGGUGGUUGUGAAGAAACUUCAGGAGCUGGAUCGGAUCGUGACCACAGUGGCUGAGGAUACUCAAAAGAUUAUUAACAGCCAUGUGACAAAGGAAGUCUCUGUUUCAAUGACGUUCGUCCAAAAUCAACUUGACAACCGGGAAGGUGAUUCGACAGUGAAGGAUCGGAGGGAGAAAUUUCUUGCGAGCUUGAAAUUCGUCGGCAUGAACGAACGUGGGAACGAUAUCUCGCAAGCUCAUACCCACACUUUCGGCUGGCUGUUUGGAGAGCAGCGGUCAAGUUCUCGAUCAAGCUCAGAAGUCUCAGAGACAUCUUCUGAUAGAGGUCAAGACUCCGCACAAAUCGAGAUCUCCAAGUCUCCCAAGCCAGUGCCUUGGGAUUCUUUCACAGAAUGGCUCCAGUCGAAUAAUGAGAUGUAUUGUAUCAUUGGCAAACCCGGCGCGGGAAAAUCUACAUUGAUGAGGUACAUUGUUAACAAUCCAGGUACAAUGAAUCUACUGAGGCGUUGGCGCGGAGACGUGGCCAAACUGUCACAUUAUUUUUGGCGUCUCGGCUCCGUCAUGCAACAAAAUACUCGGGGCAUGCUACUCUCUCUGCUGUAUCAGCUGCUCGUUGGUCAAGCAGAAUUGUUGGAGAAGGUUUUGCUGAAGCACGCUUUGGCCGUGAAGGACGAGCCCACGGAUUGGUCACUACAAGAGAUCAAGGAUGCACUGGAUUUUGCAAUUCUGAACAGCGCGACGCCAGUUUGUAUCUUCCUCGAUGGGCUCGAUGAGCUCGACCCUAAUGAACCUCUUUCUGAUCUAUUCACUCUCCUGUAUGGUUGGCUUAAACUUCGACCAGGCUGGAUCAAGCUUUGCAUUUCAGCACGUCCUGAGCAUCUCAUUCUACGAAGCAUCGACAAAUAUCCCCGUCUAAAGUUGGAGCAGCUGACUCUAGAAGAUAUGAAGGAGUAUGCCCACAGUCAUCUGAGAUUUCCAGCAACGACUGACCAUGAACACGACCGUCACCAUGACUUGACUGAAUACUUGUUGUCAAAGGAUCAACUAGUGACUGAACUGGUCGAAAAAGCAGAAGGGAUAUUUCUGUGGCUAUAUCUAGCGAUUAGAAGCCUUAACGAUGGUUUUGCAAGAGAAGACGGUCUGGACGAGCUACGCCGCAGAAUUGUACUUUUGCAUAGAGGUGUGAAAAACCUGUAUAUGGACAUGUGGUCUCGUCAAAAUGGGAAUGAAGAUGUGUACAGACGCGAGUCUACGUUAUACCUCUGCCUUGCUAUCGCAGCAAUAUCCCUUGCUUAUCACAGGCAUCCUCCCAUCAACGACGAUGUGGAAAUCCCAGGCUAUGUCGAGAAUAAACACCUUACAAUUCUAGAUGCAGUUUUGGCAUCGGAAGACGUUACUGAUGAUAUUCUGUCGCCACUAUGUACGGAGCCUCCAGACGAGUCCUAUCUCUUGUCACUUUGUCCCAAGGCUGAGAAGCAUAUACGGAUCAGAUGCGCGGGUCUGCUUGAAUGCUGCAAUGAAGGAUGCUCUGCCGAAUCAUACAAUGACGCGCAGAAGUUCUACGGAGUAUUUACAAAAUAUGUCCUAACCAAUGUCAAGUUUGUCCACCGGACUGCGAUGGACUUUUUACUCGAAACUACUGAGGGGAACGACAUUUUAGGCCAAGACAGCGACGUACUGUGUCCAAGUUAUCGAUUGACGAAAGCCAUACUCGCGCAGCAUAGACUAUUUAGUUUUCAACCAAGCGAUGAACUCCGUUACCGAGGCCACAGUUUGGCGUUGUGGACCGUGCUUAACCGUAUCGAUCAUCUAGACGGCUCGACGACCCCAUUCAUCAAGAGGAGCGAUGAGCACGAUCGGAGGCGAUGCCUUGACCAACAAAUUGAUCUCUGGAUUCGUUGGGACAGACUUUAUCGCGCCAGGCAGAUACAUCCCUUGGACUGGGUAUUGCCCAGGCACCUCCAGAACGAUGGGGGUUUGAUGAGUUUGGCAGUUCGGUGCCACUGCUUCAAUUACUUCAAGUACCAGAUGGAAAGCGGCGGGUGCGUGAUGAGUGCGGCAACGAGAGCUCAGCUUUUUAUUGACUUUUUGUGCACCUAUCAACCCGCUCCUGGCAGAAUCAGGUUAUCAGAUAAUCAACUAUUGCACCCAUAUUUAUUAGCUGAGACAUUGCUAUGUCCAGAAAUGAAUCCAAACUGGGUGUCUGGUACAAGAUUUCAUUUCCUGGAUAGCCGUCCCCAGGAAAGCAAUGUUGUCUUUCAGUUAACAACGCCGUUAACAAGAUUAUUACGCCGUUGUCUAGGCUAUCGCAUUGACCGGGGUACAAAUGUUUUUGAAAGCUUGUGGCGAGCUGUCCAGACACUGGCGCAACGCGGUGCGAAUCCAGACGCUGUUAUGCAUACCACAAUUGCGUCUAUAGGCUUGCUGCCUAAGCGAUCCUCUUAUGGUUUCGACCUCGACCACGACGCAUUGAUAGCUAACGGAUAUAUCUUUCCCACUAACAAGCCAGAAGCUGCAGCUAUUCUAGUCUGCAAUGUGGCGGCCGCAGCAGAACUAUGUGCGCAGGUGCUUUCGAGAAGAGCUGAUUGUUCAAUGGACUGUCUCGUGUCCAAGUAUGGUCUUACUUUUCCGAAAAUACAUUGGCUUAAAAAAACACAACCUCGAAUGAGGAUCGCGGCGAUUGCAGAAUGGCGAGCUGCGAAAGAUAGGUUGACGUUCCAAAGGCCAUCAGUUCAAGAUUCUAAUGCAUUAAUCGACAUCAUCCUUGAACGGCGCGGUCCUGGGUCUUGUUCGUUGGUGGAAGAGAAUGCCUCCAUUCUCAGAGACAUUUUGGAUCGAAGUCCAGCACUCGACUGCGGCCUAUUUGAGCUUAUGGAGCGGCUUGGUUUGUGGGGCAGGGCACAGCUUGAUGUAUCAGAGGAUGUCGAAAACCCUUGGAAAAAGUCAGAAACUGCAUUUGAAAUGUUAGACCGAGAAGAUGCAGAGGCAGCGGCGAGAGCAGAAGGUCGAACUUCGGGGGCGGACGAGAAGGGAGAGACUCAAUGA